AUUUUCAAUAAGAAUUCAAGGUCACAAAUUAGCUUCAAACGAAAAUGACAAUCUCGAAUUCCCAGUUAUCAAUCAAUCCCCAAAAUGGAUUUUGCUCCAAAACCCAAAUCUACCAUAGCCUUAGACCUCCAUAUCCUCUACCUCCACAGUCCACUCCUUUUUCCAUAACCGAUUUCAUCUUAUCGCUCCCCAAAACAACCACCACUACCACCGGAGCAUCUAUCAUUGACGCCACCACCCGCCGCUUCAUCCCUUACUCCGACGUCCCACUUCUUGUGCGCAACCUUGCAGCCUCACUCCGCCAACCACCAUUGUCUCUCUCAAAUGGAGCGUGUGCUUUCGUUAUUUGUCCCAAUUCCGCCAAUCUCCCGAUUCUGUACCUUUCUCUCUUCUCGCUUGGUGUUGUUGUUUCGCCUUCGAAUCCUGCUAGUUCGAUUCAAGAGAUUUCUCGCCAACUCCGCCUCUGUAAACCGGCGGUUGCUUUCGCGACGGCGGAGUCAGCUAACAAGUUGUUAGAAGUUGGAUUUCCUAAUCCGGUCGUGGUAAUCGACUCGAACGAAUUUGAAUCGAUGAUGCGAACUAAACCAAAUGGAUCUGAAACAAAAAUUGAAGUUUUGCAGUCCGAUACAGCUGCGAUUUUGUACUCGUCGGGGACUACAGGGAAGAUCAAGGGGGUGAAAUUAACGCAUAGGAACAUGAUAUCAACGAUUGCCGGAGCAAACUUCGGACGUCAAGAUAGAUCUUCUCCGGCCGUGUACCUCUGCACGGUGCCGUAUUUUCAUAUAUACGGGUUAGGGUUAUGCAUGAGGUUGGUUGCGUUUGGGGAGAGUUUGGUUUCGAUGGCGAGGUUUGAUCUGCGUCUAAUGUUGACAUCGAUUGAGGAGUUUAGUGUUACUCAUCUAGCAUCGGCGCCGCCGGUGGUGGUAGGUUUGGUGGACGGCGAUAAUGACCAUUUGGUAAAUCGAACCAAUUGGAGCUCUCUGGAAAAUGUACUGUGUGGCGGAGCAUCGCUUACGAUGGCCGUGAUCGAUAAGUUCAAGAAAAGAUUUCCGACUGUGUCGUUGUUGCAGGCGUAUGGAUUGACGGAAACAACGGGUGGAGUCUCACGAAUUGCAGGUCCAUAUGAGAGCACAAUCGCAGGCACCGUAGGGCGGCUCAUAGCCCGUUGUCAAGCCAAGAUAGUUGAUCCCAACACCGGUGUCGGUUUGCCUCCCAUGAGCCAUGGUGAACUAUGGCUUCGAGGUCCCUUCAUUAUGAAAGGCUAUGUGGAUGAUAAAGAAGUUAGUGAUACAAUGGUGGACUCGGAUGGAUGGUUGAGAACGGGUGAUCUUUGUUACUUUGAUAAUGAAGGCUUCUUAUUUAUUGUGGACAGAUUAAAAGAGUUGAUCAAAUAUAAAGGUUAUCAGGUGCCUCCUGCAGAAUUGGAACACAUUCUACAUACGCACCCUGACAUUACCGAAGCAGCUGUGAUUCCGUAUCCAGAUGAGAAGGCAGGACAAGUACCGAUGGGAUUUGUUGUUAGAAGAAAAGGAAGCACCAUUAACGAAACACAAGUCAAAGAUUUUGUGGCAAAACAGGUUGCACCAUACAAGAAACUACGAAGAGUCCGUUUCAUCGAUUCGAUACCAAAGAAUGCUCCUGGAAAAGUACUAAGAAAGGAGUUGAUCAAGAUGGCUCUCUCUGACUCAGAUGUCACUUCUAAGCUUUAGUAUUAUAUGCCAUAAUUAAUUCAUAUUACAAUGGCAAAUAAAUAGUGUUUUAAUUCAAGAUUUUAGAAUAUCAAGCAAAUUAGAUUCAAAGUUGGAAUAAUAGAGUUU